AUGACAGCCCCAAAUUGGAAUGAACCUUUCAAGGUCAUGUGUGAUGCUAGUGAUUAUCCGGUAGGAUCUGUAGUAGGACAAAGGAAAGAGAAGCUGAUUCACCCAAUUUAUUAUGCCAGCAGAACAUUGGUGGAAGAUCAACUCAAUUACACUACCAUUGAGAAAAAGCUGCUAGCAGUGGUCUUUGCGUUUGAAAAAUUCAGAGCUUACCUUAUUAGAAUGAAGGAAUUCAAAUUGGAGAUCAGAGAUAAGAAAGGUUUGGAGAACCAAGUUGCAGACCAUUUAUCAAGGGUAGAGCUUGAGGGAACAGUGGAAGGGCAGACUGCUAUACGAGAUGCAUUCCCUGAUGAACAGCUGUUAGUGGUGAUAGAAAAUAAGAAAGACUUGGAACCAUGGUUUGCUAACAUGGCCAACUAUGUGGCUAGUGGAAUUUUAACACUAGACAUGAGGAAGCAACAACUAAAACAGUUCAUUCAUGACAACUAUGUCUCUAAAUGGGUGGAAGUCAUUGCUUGGGUGACAUGUGAUGCAAAGUCUGUUUUAAAAUUUAUGCACAAGAAUAUAUUUACAAGAUUUGGAACUCCCAGGGCACUUAUCAGUGAUGAAGGAUCCCAUUUUGUUAAAAAGGCCAUGAGUUCCCUGUUGGUGAAAUACAAUAUAAAGCAUAAAGUGUCCACCGCAUACCACCCUCAAACAAACGGCCAAGCAGAGAUAUCAAACAGAGAAAUUAAGGGAAUUUUAGAGAAAAUGGUACAUAGCAGCAGAAAAUAUUGGCCUUUCAAGUUGGACGACACACUAUGGGCAUAUAGGACAGCCUACAAGACUCCAAUAGGAACCUCCCCAUAUAAACUAGUCUUUGGGAAGGCUGCCAUCUACCACUUGAACUGGAACAAAAUAAGAGAUGCCUAUGAGAAUACGAAGGCUUAUAAAGAGAAGACCAAAGUUUGGCAUUACAGAAGGAUAAAACAAAGAACAUUUGAGGCAGGACAAAAAGUAUUGUUAUUCAACUCAAGGUUGAAAUUGUUUCCUGGAAAGCUAAUAUCAAGGUGGUCAGGCCCGUUUACAGUGGUGAAGGUCUACCCCUAUGGAGCUGUAAUUGUCAACGAAGAAGACACAAAAAGGGAAUUCAUAGUGAAUGAGCAAAGAUUGAAGCACUACUGGGGAAGAGAGGUGGUGAGGAAGAUGGAUUCCCACUAA